AUGCUGGCUGAGGAGAGGGGCGAAAGGGGCUUCUCUCCCGGAUCGCUUCGGCUGCCUCCGCCUUUUCCCUCGGGCACCUCUCGGAACUGUAGUCUCGGUGUCGCCUCCCAGCUCCCUGGCUGUAACAGUUACCUCACGGCCCUAGCCUGGUCCGUUGGGCGCGCGAGCGGCGGGCGGGCGCUCCUCCCCCGCGGCUGCCCCGGCCGGGCGCGCGCCCCGCCCGCCACCGCGCGCGCCCGCGCCCCGUCCCCCGGCCUCCGGGGCCGCGGCCGCCGGACGGGGACGCGAGCCUGGGACCCCGCCGCUCGAGAAUUCCCCGGCGGAGCAGAGCGCUGUCGCGGCAGUCAGGAGACCAGCCGGGCCUGGGGGAGACAGACGAGGUCAUCUUCGGAUGGAAGGGGACAGCCCGUUAUCCUGGGUCCCCAGGCGUGCACAUUCCGUUUGAGGGUGUGGCCCUUGCCCUCAUGGUCCAAGACAGUGACUAGGGCAGCAGCUAUCAUAUUGGUGCUCCAGGAAGAGGAUAAAGGAAGAGAUGAAGAAAACACAAAGGGCAUGUACCAUCUGUCUUUGGAGGAAAGUUGCCAGAAGCUUCCAUACAACACUUCUGCUUCUAUCUCAUUGGUCUAUCUUGCCAGAGUGAAAGAGCAUAGGCCACAGGUGAGAAUGAAGAGAAAUGAAGAAAAGAAGCAGAGAGCAUCAGCAGAACACUUGUCUGGUUCAGAUUCACUUGCAAUCCCUUGACUGCCUCCUCUGAAGAGUUCUACCCGCAGCUGUGCUGGCCCCACUGUGUACCCUCAAGGAUCCCAUUCUGUCAUCAGCCUACAUCAGAGCUUUUUCUCCCUGGAGAAGACAGGAAGACAGGUGUUGAUCUAGGUGCCUAAGCAGGCAUUCAACAAACAUUACUGAGUACCCAUUCUAUGUUCAGUAUUCUAGGCACAGGUGAUUCAAAGAUGAACAAGAAAGAUGUCCCUAUCAUAAUGAAUCUUGCAGGAGCAAAGUCUUAUACAAAGACUGCAGAAAGCCUUUCCAAAGCAGUCAGCAGAGACACUCAGAGCAUAAUAGGGUGGGGAACUUGUGGCCUUGGGGCCACAUGUGGCCUUCUAGAUCCUUGAGUGCAGCCUUUUGACUGAAUCCAA